GGCAUAAAAUCUCCGACCCCAGCGCCAUCUAUAUCGACCAAGCGUGGGUUGGACGAGGGCCUUACGGUAAACUCCCCGACUAUCGUGCGAGAGGAAGGGUGUUCAUCAUGCGGACACCCUGGACGAGUUUGAGUUUGGUGCUGAAGGAGGAGGCGACGCGCGUGCGAGAAUUCGAGGAGAGGGAGGAGAAGAGGAAGAAGGCCGUGACGAGGAAUGUGUGGAAGCAUCUGCCAGAUCGGCCGGUGCAGCUGCAGAGGCAGUGGUAUAGUUGGUAGACGUUGAGGGCAGCGUGUGUUGGAAAUGGCCGGCCACAUGGUGUACUAUAGGACGGAAUCAUCAGGUCACAGAUGACGUGAGCUUUGAACAGAAGAACGAAGGCGCCAUCCAAGAUGUGGUAUCUCAUUCACAAAAUCUUACAGCUGCACAAAUCUUCGAACUCCUAUGCGGUCGAUAUAGACAACCCAAAAGCCAGUUCUAUCCAAUCCUGACAGAAAUGAAAACGUCUUCCCACAUGCCUCGCAUAGCUUCAUCUCCAACUCUUGCUCGGCAAAAGUCAAUCGUGUCUGGAACACAUUAUCCAAAUCGA